AUGGAAGACGUCAUCCAGAGAAGGGCAUGGAGAGUUGACCCGCUCCUACAGGGGGCAAAGCGUGUGGACAGCUGGCCAGUGAGAUUGAUGAUGCGACUUUUGCACCUGCAUUUCACUUCUUGCCAAUCUUUAAAUUUAACGGAUGGAAUUUUACUGUGUCAAGAAGCAUUGAAUGCUGAGCGGGAGCUAUGUCAUCCAGAUACAGAUCUCUGCAGAUUUGAUGCUACAGAUGAAGAGUUGAGAUUGUGUCAGGCCUGUGGGUUUGAAUUUGACAUGUGUGAGUGGACGUCAGAAGCAUCUGCUGGCCAAAUUUCCUGGAUGCGCACAAAAGCGAGAGAGAUCCCUGCAUUCGAAUCCACACCUCAGCAGGAUCAAGGAGGUGAUGAUGAAGGUUAUUAUGUAUGGGUAGGCGCUAAGCAUGCUUUCACUCUUAACCAUUUAGACAGCAGGGCUUACCUAAAUAGCUCUGUGUGUCAUUGCCUGGGCAAGAGCUGUCAUCUUCAAUUCUAUUAUGCAAUGGAAAGCAGUGUCCUGAGAGUAAGACUGUAUAACAAUAAGUUGCGCAUAGGCUUUUAUUCUUUAACUUGA